ACAAUACAAAACUCUACUUUCCCUUAAUUAAGUGUAUCUAAGCUUGUUUUUUGAGUGUAGAGGAAAAUGCAAGAGCAAGCGACAAGUUCUAUUGCCGCUAGUUCACUACCUUCAAGUAGUGAGAGAUCUUCUAGUUCAGCUUUACAUCUUGAACUCAAAGAAGGUAUGGAGAGUGAUGAUGAGAUCAGAAGAGUGCCGGAGAUGGGCGUAGAAGCGACGGGAACCACGUCAGCUUCUGGCAGAGAUGGAGCUUCGGCCGCCGGUCAAGCUCAACCAUCAGCUGGGACUCAAAGGAAGAGAGGAAGAAGCCCAGCUGACAAAGAAAACAAAAGGUUAAAAAGGUUGUUGAGAAAUAGAGUGUCAGCACAGCAAGCAAGGGAGAGGAAGAAAGCAUAUUUGAUAGAUCUGGAAGCAAGGGUGAAGGAAUUGGAAACAAAGAAUGCAGAACUUGAAGAGAGGUUGUCUACUUUGCAAAAUGAGAACCAAAUGCUUAGACAUAUAUUGAAGAACACAACAGCAGGUGCACAGGAAGGGAGGAAGUAAACAUAUGAUCGAUCUUAUCUCUACAUCGACUCGAUAUGUCAUCAUUCUUGUUUAGAUCCUCUGUGGGCAAUGAAGAGAAAAUCUCUUCUGGAUUUGAGAAUGCAUGCUUGUUUAGGGUGGAUUGUUCUGAUUUGAUGCAUUGCAUACUUACUACUCUUAGGCGUUGUCGAUUAUAUAUUAUCAGCAGAAAGUGAAGAAUAGGAUUGUGGCUAUGCUAUUGUUAAAGUCACCAGCAUUUGGCAAGUUGCAUGGACUAUCUUGGAUGAUAUAUGCUACAAUUACCUGUAACCUUUGCUAGCAUUCCCU